GAAAUUUCAGGCAUCAAAGCUGUAUCGGUGUCCCAGUGGUAGUGAGCAGCUACUCCAGUCUUUUGCGUAGCUCAUAAACCCUGAUUUUGAUGCCUCCAUUCCUCAUAAACCCUCCUAAUUUCAUCACCCCCAUAUCUCCAAUCCACUCCAAAUCAAACCACAACUCAACCGAACCAGCUCCGAUUGUCCGUUCAUUCUCCAUGCCCAGAUGAAGAAGAAAUUUCUUAUCACUGCUUUGAGUUUGUGGUUCAGAAUGUUAUUUUCUCUGCGCACUUUUUUUCAAAUUGGUCGCACAUUCCCUCGCCCUCACAGUGUAACCACCGCUCCUUUUAUUUUCUCUUCACCUUCGCCUUCUUUUUUUAUGUUAACGUAUUCACAUUCACAUGCUUCUUCAUUCUAUUGUCCCUUAAUUUUAUUCACCGGCUUUCUUUAUAUACUCAGAUACCCUGUUACCACUGUAUCGUAUAUCCCCAAACCCGCCUCGUUUCGUCAACCUUUAGAUAGAGAUUCAAUCGUUGAUAUCAUUGUACAUGACCAAUGGAAUGAUCCCAGAUUGCUUAGUUUCAUCGACUCCUCAUUGGGUCCUUUAUGGGUUUCCAGGGUUUUGGUUCAACUUAAAGAAAAUCCUAGGUUGGCAUUGAAAUUCUUUAAAUGGGCCAAAACCAGAAUCGGGUUUUCCCUCACUACUGAGUCUUACUGUAUAUUAGUUCACAUUUUGUUUUUUGCUAGAAUGUACUUUGAUGCUAACUUUAUCCUUAAAGAACUGAUUUUGUCACGUCGGAUUACUCCUGGUUUUGACGUUUUUGAAGUUUUGUGGUCUACUAGAAACGUCUGUGUUCCGGGAUUUGGUGUUUUUGAUGCUUUGUUUAGUGUAUUUAUCGAAUUAGGAAUGCUCGAGGAGGCGGUACAAAGUUUUUCAAGGAUGACGGGGUUUAGGGUGUUGCCAAAGGCGCGGUCUUGUAAUGCCCUUUUGCAUAGUUUUUCAAAGGCUGGGAAAGGGGAUUUAUCUAGGAAUUUUUUUAGGGAUAUGAUUUCGGCUGGGGUUGCCCCUUCGGUAUUUACGUUCAAUAUCCUGAUAGAUUAUGCGUGCAAAGAAGGGGAUAUGUUAACUGCUAGAAGCUUGUUUCAGCAAAUGAAACAGAUGGGUUUAACACCAGAUAUUGUCACAUACAAUUCUCUUAUUGAUGGAUAUGGGAAGUUAGGAUUGUUGGAUGAAUCCGUUUACCUAUUUGAGGAAAUGAAAGAUGUGGGUUGUGAACCUGAUGUAAUAACUUAUAAUGCUUUGAUUAAUUGUCUCUGUAAAUAUGAACAAAUGCCUAAAGCUUUUCUGUUUCUCCGCGAGUUGAAGAAUAAUGGAUUGAAACCUAAUGUUGUAACCUAUAGUACACUAAUUGAUGCUCUAUGCAAGGAGGGGAUGUUGCAGCAGGCAGUUAAAUUCUUGUUAGACAUGAGACGUGUAGGUCUUUCACCUAAUGAAUUUACAUAUACUUCACUGAUUGAUGCAAACUGUAAGGCUGGAAAUAUCAAUGAUGCGCUGAAACUGGCUAAUGAGAUGUUGCAGCAGGUUUGUCUCGACUUCAACAUUGUUACGUACACAACUUUAUUGGAUGGUCUUUGUAAAGGAGGAAGGAUGCAGGAAGCAGAAGAACUAUUUAGGGCAAUGAUAAAAGCUGGGGUAACUCCAAACCUUAAGACUUAUACAUCCCUUGUUUAUGGACUUCUAAAAAGUAAGAGGGCGGGAAAUUCAAUGGAUAUUCUGAAAGAAAUGAAGGAAAAAGAUAUUAAACCUGAUUUAGUACUUUAUGGAACAAUUAUUUGGGGUCUUUGCGGUGAAAAUAAACUUGAAGAUUGUGAAUUUGUAAUGAAUGAAAUGAAACAGUGCGGACUAAGUGCAAACCCUGUCAUAUACACUACCCUUAUGGAUGCUUAUUUCAAGGCAGGAAAGGCUGUGGAGGGACUCAACCUUCUGCAAGAAAUGCGUGACUUGGGUAUAGAGGUUACAAUUGUCACAUUUUGUGUAUUAAUCGAUGGUUUGUGCAAAAUGGGUUUGGUUCAAGAGGCCAUUGAUUACUUUUCUAGGAUAUCUGACUUUAAUUUGCUGCCUAAUAAUGUAGCCGUCUGUACUGCCCUGAUUGAUGGUCUUUGCAAAAAUAAUUGCAUUGAAGCUGCAAAGAAGUUCUUUGGUGAAAUGCAAGAUAAAAAGAUGAUUCCAGAUAAAAUCACAUUCACAGCUCUAAUAGAUGGAAAUUUGAAACACAACGACUUUAAAGACGCUUUAAAUAUUAGGAGCCGGAUGUCUGAAAUCGGAAUGGAGCUUGAUCUGCAUGCUUACACUUCCCUGGUAUGGGGAUUUUCUCAAGGUGGCUUAUUGCAGCAAGCUAGAAAAUUUCUUGAUGAGAUGAUCACAAAAGGUAUUUUUCCUGAUGAGAUUCUCUGUAUUCAUUUGUUAAGGAAGUAUUAUGAGCAUGGAAAUGUAGAUGAAGCUUUUGAAUUGCAGAAUGAAUUAGUGAAGAAGGGUCUUUUAUAUGGCAAUAGUAAUACCAAAUCUGUAAUUCCUAAUGUACAACCAUAAGAUGGUUUUCACUUCUGCAUUAACAAGAAUAGGAAGUAUAUGCCAAGUGUCCAUGGCUAUUUGACUCCAUGGCUAUGCAGAGAUAGUGUUUUGUAUUGGUAUGGUCAUACUUAGAGCUGCUUGAUAAACUUUCAAUGGAUGCAAAAUCUGCUGCCCGAAGAGGUUCUUAAUUGUGAGCAUCCGAGUGAUUGCAAUGACUGGAACAAAACCUGCACUAUGUUUGCGUGGUUCAAACACUUUCAAAAGCUUAUUUAGAGGUGAUGAUGUGGUUGCAUAUAAGCUUUGAGAGAAAUCAGCACAGGUUUUGAUUUAGCUGGAUUCCACAAUCUUACUUUCAACUCCUACAAUGGACUUGGCCACUAUAGGACAUUCGCUCUGUACUUCGUUGUCCAGGAAAGCUGAUGUAACACCUCUUAAUGGCUACUAGCUGAAGUAUGUUUGCAUAUGCAAGGAAGGCCUAAGAAGAGGGAUGCUGCAAUAUUUACUAUCUCAUGUCAGGGUGUGGCUGGUUGAUAGAAAUGUCUCAAGGAGGAGAAAACUUAGCCAGGAGGCUUUUACAGAGCCAUGGCUACGUUGCGUGAUUGUUUUAAUAAGCAGUUUCUGUGAGAAACAAGGAAUUCACAUGAAAUUCUGCGAGUUCUUCUAGAAGCAAAUGAUGACUCAUCCUCUUCUAACCUUACUUUGAGUAAUAUCUAGAAAGAUAUUUAGGGAAUCGAUCCGAUUCAAUCACUUUUCAUUCCGUUUUGAAGAAAGGAGGAUCCUGAAAUAUAAAAUGUAAAAGAUUAAGGCAUUAUGAUUUUAAUUGUUGUUUUGUUCUGAAUCAGUUGUGUUAAUGUGUAGACGCAUAUGGGAGUA